AUGACGAAUCACCUGGACGACUCACUAGACGUGAGGAUGUCGAUGAAAAACGAUAAGCAACCGUGUGCACGACUUUGCCACAUAGUAAAGUGGGAGGACUUUGAUGGUUAUGGUUUUAAUCUUCACGCGGAGCGCGGCAAGGAGGGCCAAUUUAUUGGCAAAGUUGAUGAUGGCUCACCAAGUCAAGCCGCUGGAUUACGUCAAGGCGAUCGCAUUAUCGAAGUUAACGAAAUAAAUAUUGAUAAUGAAACCCAUAAACAAGUUGUUGAUCGCAUUAAGGCUUUUCCCAAUGAAACAAAAUUACUCGUUGUCGAUCAGGAGGCUGAUGAUUAUUACAAGGCUAACAACAUUAUUAUCAAGGGCACGAUGUCGGGCAUCAAGGUAAUCAAGACGCCCGAGAAGAAUCCAUCCUCCGAACACGAGGCUCCUGAGGGAAGCAUUUCCUCUUUCGAAGAUAAUACACACAAGUCAAAUAAUUCAAUCGACACAUUGUCAAAUAGUGGCAGCACAGCUACAAUGACGGCCACAUCGAUCAACGACAGUAAUUCAAAGGAGAAAAUCAAUAACAAUGGACAAGAAAAUGGUCGCAGUGAUAUCUACAAUAAUGAUAAGUCAAUUAGCGAUGAAACUGGAAACAACGCAACAGAACACUUUACCACGGGGAACGGAGAUGUAUCGACGACUAAAGAGAGCCUCAAUCUUAAAAUGAGUGCCAAGGAAGUACGCGCUAAAUUGGCGACUAAGAAAAAAUAUGAUCCUAAAAAAGAUACUAUUCCAUUCCAGGCUAAAUAUGAAAUGUUAAAUCAAAUGUAA